AAAAUUUUGGACGUGACACUUCGCAGUUCUUUGCACUGCGAACCUGCUGUGUCGCAACGAUGACUGGAGCAGAAGGCAUUCCAGGUUUUGCAAGUUUUUAGGUUUUCUUGCGCCAAUUUUAAAACCUCCACAUGGAUGCAAACACAAGAACUCCUCUUCUCAGAGAUCGCGAGAUGAUUUAUACGGUAGACGAAAGGGAUGGAGAAGAAAGUAGUCGCGUUAGCACUGCGGACUCUCAAUUGACAGCUCUCGCAGAAGAGCUCGGCAUGAAAGCUGAUGCUUUGAGCGGUGCAAGUUCAGAAAGAGACAAAGAUGGUACCUCAAGCAGAAGGAGAAAUGGACCCACUGAAGCAGUGGUUACGAUCACUCGUGAACAACUUGAGGAACUGCAAACAGCGUUAGAAACAACAAGUGACUUGAUAAGACAGGUUGGGAUGAACUCUGUGGAAUUCGACGCGUUAAAUAGACGAAGAAGGUGAUCAGUUGUUUUUUGUGCAAUCCCGUGGGGUUUUACACGGUUUAUAUGCGGGCAAUCGGGUGACAAUUUCAUCUCAAACUGUCUUUGUUUGUACAUGUACGUGCCAAAGGGGAAUUCUCGAGAAGUAAACAAAAACUUGACGAUCGGACGUAAAGUUCUCGACAGGCUUAAGUUAAGCUUAGAAAUUACAUGAAUUGCGCGCAUAUGAGCCAGAAACUGUUUAGCUAGAAUCUUGACUGAAAUUUUUCGUUGAUCAGAUACACCAUUGUUGUACUAGCUGUAGUCAUUAACAUUUGAGUACACGAUAUUUUACUUUACAAGAGCGCCCAAGGGUCACUAGACUGUCAUGAAUAAAUUAUACUAGGGACCUACAGACUGGACUAUGAGUACGACAUUCAAACCAGUUUCAUGCGCCCUAAGUGAACAUUUGUGAGAGCAAUUUUAUCUCUUACAUUUGUUGAUAUUCUGGUCGGUGGCUCGCUAGUCAGGACAAGUGUUUAAAGAACGAGAAAGGGACAUAAGUACAAGACAAACAUGAAGGCAUAUAUUUUAGUAUGUAUUAAAGAUUAUAGGUAUAUAUUUUAGUGGCUUUCGGUGGCUCUUUGGUUGGUUAUAUAGUUUCCAUUCUGACGGGACUACCGAGCCACCACCCCCUGAUAGAAAUUGGUUGGCUUCCAUUCUGACUACUUCCUCUCAAGUUUUGAUUUUACCCACUCAAGGAAAAGUCUUUUCUUGGCUAUGGUCUCUCUCUCUCCCCCUAGUUAGCAUACAUGUACCUUUUAUCCUAAUGCCACUGGAUUGUGUUUAAAGGCAUUACAAGAUACCAAAGUGCAUCACCAGGAAUCUAUUGCUCUUGACAGUCUUUUGGCAGGUGAGUAUACUGUUCAAAUCAAUAUCACACUCAAAUGAUAACAUUGUGAUGGUGGUUGUUGGUUAUGAUCUCUCGGUGGUGCCAGAAUUACAUUAAAUUAUGUGCACAACCUACAUCCCAUUGACUUUAAUUGGAAUGGCUCUAUGGAUUUGGUCUGGAAUGACAUACAGUGUAAAUGAAGACCGAUUUAACACUGGUACUCUGGAGCACUAUUGUUGUAGUAUGUGACUAGUGCUAAAUACUAUGUCAUGUUUCAUGUAGUUCUAUAAUGGCAGUCAUGGGCUGCUGCUUGCUAUCAACAUUACUGACCUCUUCCAGAAUACCUAGACAUUGCCUUACAGCAUGUACAGUAUAACAAGAAACAUAUACUUAUAAUUGUAACUAGAAUAUAACAACUCUGUGUUCAUUUACAGGCUGUAGAGACAAGAGUUAUUUUUUUUCCUCUGCAGGUUCUAAACAUUGCAGCUGUCAGUGUUGCCGAGGCGUUUGAAAGUCCGUCAAGUAAAGACAAACAAGAUGAGAGAAGCAUCUUCCUAGCAGUAAGGACAUAAAAAAGAUACACUUUUUAUAAACUGAGAGUGAGGUCAUUACAGGGAAAUCUCAGACCCAGGCCUUGACGUACAUUCAUUGACCAAGCGAUAGCAAGAGGUCAUUCGAGGUCGUGUUCACUGAACCAAAACGAACCUAGGGAUGCAUUUGAAACCGCAACACAUAGUUUCUUUGACAAUGAGAAAUUUGGGACCAGAGCCUGCAAGUAAAAACCAACUUAGUUAAACACAGAUUGUGUAUGCCUUGGACAUCUCACUAGUAAUGCCCCAUUACAGAAACAAUCCCAUUGGAAAACAUCGCCUGUGAAAAGUGGGGUACCCAUUAGACUCUGCGAGUGUAAAUGAGGUUUCAAAGGUUACCGCCGUUUUCGGCCUCUUAUGAACUUUAUAGCGACUAACUGUUCUCGCACUUUCAACAGACAAUGCAGAAACAAUAAGAGUAGGGUGCCAUUGUUUUAAGUGUUAGAAUGUCUUUGUCAUCAUUACAGAGAAGAAAACAUCUAUGCAACCAGAAGCAUUUUCUUUCAUGUGCACUAACAUUAAAUUCUGUGAAAUACAGUAGUCUCAUGCAAAUCAACUCAAUGGCAAAACUGGGGAUUUCUUGAUUGACACUCUUUCUUUGUCCUCUUGCACUCAUUUGCAUUUUCACAAUCGAUGCUUUUCAAUGAGCAUGACUUUCUGUAAUGUGGUCAUUACAAGAAAAUCUUGCCCGUUUAGCAGCCAAUCAGAGUGAGCAUACUAUAAUAAUAAGUAGCCAUAUAAUAAUAAACAAUUAUGGAGAGAUCAAAAAACAUUAUUACAAAUAAUAUUAUGCGAUCAGUUUCAAAACUGUGUUUAACCCAUUCGCUCCUGGAGAUUUUGCCGAAAAACGCAUUUUGAAGCUAGUCGAGUGGUUUUCUGGUCACUGUAAAACUUACCACAAACCGGUUUACAGGUGGUCUUCUGAUCCAGAUACAAAAUAUCAAAAUCGGGCUUGCAGAAAGCAAAAUUUCGCUUUCUCUCCUCCCUUCUUUUUUAGCUUUUUUGCCCCAAUCUGGGCAUUUAGUGAGCAUACUAUAAUUUUAGGAAAGCUUUUAGGAUAUAGGAUUAAUAAACAAUUAGGUGGGAAUGGAACAAAAACAUUAUUACAAAUCAAUGUCAAUGGUUUUUGCUUCUUUCUCAGUUUUGAAAACUGAAUGGUUUGAAAACUUUUUGUUAAUUUUGAAAGUUGUCCUUGACCGUUAAAACUGAUGGUCCAAAGGGUAGAAAGGACCUUGUCAUUGUGGUGUUUCAGGCAAUGGGUAAAUUUGAUUUUUGUUUUGUUUGCAAUUGGUCAACAAGUUAUUGUCAUUGUGGUGUUUCAGGCAUAAACUAAUUUACAACAAUUGAAGAUGGCAUAGACUAACAAUAUCAUUACAAUCAUCAUCAAGAGAAAUAGGUAAUGAAAAUUAAGUGAUCACCAAGAUGAAAAUGUAUUGAUCUUUUUUCAAAUUCUUAACUAUUUCGUCAAGGAAUAUACGGAGAUCAGACUGAAUAAUAAUGUCUGUGCAUACUGGGGCUGAAAAGGUUAAUGAGUUUGGAUGCUCUUGGUCAUACUCUGUACAAUAACAUGCUCAUAAUUUAGUAAUCAGUUGAUUUUUUCGAAAAAGUUCAACUGAAGAUUGUGAUGAAUUUAAGCGGAUAAACAUCUCUUCAAAAUACAAUGUACUAUGCCAGAAAUUUUUUUUAUUGAUUAUUAGAUUAUUAAUUAUAAUCAUAAAUUAUAUAAAUCAUUGCUAACUAUUCCAAAAAACUGCUUCUGGUAGUAUGAUCUGCUAAAGCUGAAAGAAAAUCAAAAGCAAAAGCAGUUGGGUAUGCACAAUGAUCCACUUAACAGUUGAUCAAAAAUAGUGUUGGCUGAUGAUAAUCAUUCCACAGUUUGGCCAAUGAAGUUUUUGCUUUUUUUAUUGCAGUUAAACUGACAAAGCAAAUGAUGCAUCAAACCAUAACCAAGUCAUUUCUUGGGCAGUCAUUUCUUUCCACAACACUACUGUAUGCUGGUUUAUACACGCUGGUCUACAAAAUUGAUGUAAGUACUUUGAAAACCCAGUACAGUCAAACCUACUGUGAGCAGUAGACAUAUUGGCUGCUUACAGGAGGUGGUUGCCUACAAGAACCAAACCACAGGAGGUCUUUCACAAGUAGAACUUAUUGACAGUCUGCUCUUUGAAAGAGAAUAAAAAUUAUAUUUUAUUGUAUGCAGCUUCUAAGUUAUGAUGUUUGUAGUUUCAUGUUCAUGUUGCUGUUAAUUUUUUAUUUCAGUUAAUUUGUGUUUUUCCUUUGUUAAAAAUUCAUUAGCAUACAUUACCAUACCCAAAAACAAAAGACAAAAAUUAACUGCAACAUAUAAUAGUAAUAAUUAUUAUUCUGAGUAGUAGCAUAGUAUGUUAAGCAAACAUAGAGAUCACAUAAUGUGGCAUCGCUUAUAAGAGGUUAAAACAAUGGAGAAUUAUAAAAUUGUCAUCCCAAAAAGUGGUCAUAGUAUGUUACAAGGUGAGUAAAAGAAUCAGAUAUGAAACUUGGUACACUGAUGUAACAAUUGCUUUUACCAGAGGUUAAAACAAUGGAGACAAAAUCUGCGCAGCCCAAAAUAAAAUUUUAUGGGAGGUUGUCAUAAAAAUGCCUUUUAAUGCCCUUCCAAAGUAGAACAGUGUACAAUCUGUACAAUUUAGUAAAAUUGCCAAAAAACUGAACAUAGGCCAAUUUUUUUCUCACCAAAAGGAAGCACUGUCCUUAUUAAAAUCAUGAAAUAAAAAUGGGGGUCGCAUUCGUUUUUUAAGGUAGAGCUGCAGAAAGUGGAUGAACUGUGAAAGGGGGAAGAAAUUAAAAAUCCCGAGAUAUCACAUUAAGGAUACAAUGUGAUAAAGAAAGCGUUGAAGUGAAUCAAAGUGAAUAAGCACAAAUUAAACAUCCACUACGAGGUUCUGUGAGGAAGUCGCACUGCUUACGUUAUUUUAGUCAUCAACUUCAUUUUAAUUUUACAACAUUUUUGGAUGGCAAACAUUACAUGUAUGCGUUUCAGUCAUUUCUUUAUUCUCACUUUGGAUGGUCACAGUCUUCUGCAAAGAAAAUCAUUUUGUUCAUUGGGGAAGCUUGGGGCAGCCCUAAAAACUUUUUGACACAGAAGAAGUUCUUCUGUCAUUCUCAAAAAACAUCAUUGCCUCACUUAGCAAAAUCCACUAGGGUGAAACAUUUUGGUGGCACUCAGUUUGUUCUGGAUAGAAAGUCAAUUUUUUUACCCAUAAGGUAUAGGGCCUAGCUUAACAAAAUGUUUGUAUAAAAUGAACAAAAAAUAUAUACAUAUAUCAUUUCACUUAUCCUAAGAGUACUCGAUGCAUAAAAAUAUGCAGAGCGAAAUACAGGUGUACAAAUGGAAAGAGUGAAGAUUAAGUUGUAACUCGGAGUUUCACUCACUAAGCCAUCAUCAGACUUGAAGUUCUAAAAACAGGUUUCAGUUUUAAGGCAGAAAUUUUAAAAUUCAGUAUUAAAGAUAACAUUUGAUAUGAAAAUCUUGACACUAUAUCCCACAAUUGGUUGUCUAUUCUAGUAUGGACUCCUUUGGAGGCCAGAUAAAGCCUGGGCUAAGCCCAGAUUGGUCUUCUUUAGGGAUUUCUGUUCCUAAUUUUCUGACUAGUAUCCCCUCUUUUGUUUAUCGGAGGUUGCGCUGAGCUCUAUUCAGCCAACAAUCAUCUCUUUGUGCUCCCAGUCAUUAUCAUUAUUAUUUAGGUCAUUAAUACGACUAGGUGUAACUGGGUUGGCAAAUGUCUGGUGGUUUUGUUUGGUAGAACUUGUGUUCUUUGGUCUUGAAGUAGCUGUUUUUUCCUUUCGCUCUUAGAAAACUGCAUUUGAUAAUGUAUCAGGAGACAAUGCUGCCCUAAAAACACCACUAAUGUUUUUCAAAAUGGUUUUCUUCUCCAUUUCCACUGGGACACUAUGUGGUAAGUUUACUUGAGGUAGUACCAGGUAGGCCAAGAGGGGUUGUUUCUACAUGGCCUAUUACAGUUUGGAUAUAACAUGAAAAAUUCUACUUUAUUUAAGUGUGAAUGCAUUUUAGCACAGAAAGUCCUAAAAAUUAAAGGACACUUUUUUCCCAUGUCCAGGUUCAAAGGGGCCCACCAUAGUCAUCUGAACCAUGCAUGGGAUCAUUGUACGUUUUCUGGGAAACUGCCCACCUACCCCUCCCCAAAGCCAACAGCUUGCCCUAAGUGGGAUCUCAGUUAUAAUGUUGACUUAGGGGAGGGGAGGGUGGUCAGAACCUACCACUCUUUGGGCCAGCGUGCCACUGACUUAUCUAACCAUUCCACUUGUAAGGGGUCAUGUCUGUUAUGUGAUGUAUUCUCUCCUGGACAUGUUUUCCCAAACGUAUGUAAUGAAAUUUAUCUCAUCUAAUUUUAACUUUUUCAGCUUUAAUAGUUGUUUCAGGUUAUGUUCACACAUCACACUUCACACUUACCAGACAACUUUUUGUGCUGACAUGAAAGGACAUCCAGCACAGUGCAAAUGGUGACAGCACUGAACUGGAAACAAGUUGUUCACACACCUCAAACAUCUUACCAAAGCACAGUGUUUGUACAGAGUCUUGAAUUCUUGAUAAAGUCUUGAUAAUUGCCCAGCUAUUUUCCAGACAUGGAAAAGGUAUGGAAAAUACAGAUACCGUAAGUCUGGAAUAAUGGUAAAAAGUCUUGGAGUUUUUUUCUUUUCAAAGCUACAACGAGUGCUUUAUUAGUGAUGUUGGUCAAAUCUUAUUCAGUCUUGCCCAUAGUUUUGCAGCGCAUCAUGAAAAAAGAUUUGUUCUGGCAUUUUUUAAGGUCUCUGUUGAUCAUGACCUAUUUGAUAACCUUGAAUCUGGAAAAAGCAGGUUUUUGUUUUGAAAAAAAGUCUGGAAAAAGUCUUGAAUUUUGGAUCUAAAAUCUGUAUUAACCCACCAAAUCAUAAUCCUCACUUCUGAAUAUUUACUUCCAUCUUAAGUGGGUUUCAGUCCUUUCUCCUACUCAUUUAUGUUGGCUAAACGUUGUACAAAAAAAAAAACUGCAACAAGGAAUGGCAUAAACAUAUCUGAUAUGUGUGACCAUAUGCUGUAUCCGAUAUGGUUUCAUGUUGGCCCAAGAGCUAUCCAGUACAGACUGAACAUGGCCUUUAUGUUAUGUUAGAGUUUCCUGAUGAUCCUUCUGUAGUGCUCUUUACCUGUAUGUCUAACUGUUGCUUGGUAAAUAUCCUGUAACAGACUCUAGUGUGUUUUGUAUUUUUGGUUGUUGUAACCGAGAAGGUAAUUAAUUCUGACAUCUAUCUAACUGACCGUUUGCAGGACUCGCCUCUGUGGUUCCAGUUAUGUGGCCUGCACAGCUUAUUGCUUCAACACAGGUCUUGUGAUUGUUUAACUUUGUAUUACAACACUUACUGGAGAGCUAAAGUGUGAGGGGAGGGGAUGGGAGGGAGGAAUAAAAUAUUUUGAUCCUUAUUGUCUUCUGCCCCCCUCCCCCACCACACUCACCUUGCAGGCUCUCUUGAUUUUUUAAUUUAAUUUUUAAUUCUUAUCUUAAAGGAUAAAGUUUUGCAAAGGCCAAAAGUAGCUCACUCACCAAGACCUUGUAGCCACUCUCUUCUGCUAAGCUCAACGGGAAUUGCAUAGCGUGACACGCUUGGUUUUAGCAUCAGAAAAAUGCAAUGAAACAUUUUGCAAUCAGCAUGUAAAACUGGAGAAGUAAUAGUUUAUAAACCAUCUGUGGUCUAUCUUAGUUUAUUUAUUCGCUCGUCAGAUUACUUUAAUUCUUGCGCUAUAUAUUUUUGAAAGCUUGAUUUCCACCCCCCAACCUCGUUCAGAAAAUGGGACCGCCCCUCCCAUUUUCUAAGGUAAAACCCUCAGGAUGAGGUUGUCUGCCACCCUCUUGGGUCAGGGGCCCAUUUCUCGAAAGACCCCGAAAACUUUUCAGGCCCGAAGGCAAAUUUUAGAAUCAAAACCUGUUGAAUAUUAGCACAGUUCCUAGCCCACAAAGCAGUCCAAAUUGUUUCGAUAACUGAUAGUUCCAUUGUGUUAUUUUCAAAAUUAUUGAAACUUGAUCUUGAAUGCAAACACAAAACAGUUUUCCGGGCCCGAAAAGUUACCGGGACAUUGGAGGAACAGGCCCCAGGUCUUGUUAGCUCAGGCUCCCUGCCCAAACAGCGGCUGGUAAUCAAGCCCGCCCCGGUCCUCCCUAAUUUUUUUCUUGUUGUCUUUUUCAGAUGUUAUUGAGUUACGUGUACUUUGCAUCUGUGCUGUAUAUGGCUGUCCAACCUCACAAGUCAGAUUUAAAAUGGAGAGUUAUCAGUAGAAGUUCGAACGGUACGCAGGGAAAUUACCGCAGCAUAAAUCCACAGAGAGUGGUCUGAUAAUUUAACCCCUAAGAUUGGUCAGUAACCUUUUAAGGCCUAAUAUAAAAAAUUGAAUUCUCAUUUGUUGCCCCUAUUUAUUUCCUACAGAAGUAGUGGGGAGAAGUUGAUAAAAUGUCAAGCAAUUUCUUCUUGUGUGAUCAUGUGCCUAAUUGUCAUUACCACUCUGUUUUACAAAACAAUGAUAUCACAAGGAGAAAUUUGAUGCUGAUCACUCUUAGGGCGUAAAGGGUUGAUGAUUACAUUUUUGAAACACCGGAAAACUGUUAGGACUAUCGAAAUGUAUUCCUGAAGAGGUUAUAUUUGAAUCUGAAAUAUUUGAAUUUGAAAAGUUAAAAAGCCCGAACGACAUUCAGGAAUGGUACUUGUAUUAGAAGAGAUUUUUAUAAUAUCUUACACAUGUUACAUCGUGUUCAUUGCAACCUGGUUUCAUUUAGUUUUUUUUUAGUGUCUGGGGUAUGUUUGGCAACUUGUUGCCACACCACGUCUGUAAAUCAAAGAACUUUUAAAAAAACAGGCAUCAAUGGUUACUUUUAAGUACUUUUAACUUUAGCUAAGGACUCUGUACACCUCUUCGGAUCGGAAUAUCGUAUCCCACGAUUAAUGGAUUUUUAAUCGUAAAAAUAACUAUUAAAGUGAAGUUGAUUCAAAAAAGUUAGUGAGACGCAAGACCGUAUAUGUAAUUGUUACAGGUCAAAAUUAAAUUAAGAUUAAAAUC